AUGAAGUAUGCUAUGCUCUCUCUCGCCGCACUCGUGGUGCCGUGUUUGGGCAACCCGGCUCCCUACUGGAGGCCUUAUUUCACGCGCCCAGUCCGUCCAGCCGAUUCUGGUACUAUUGUUGUACUCAAUGACAUGCAGUUUAAUGUCCAGGUGAUAGAAGAGCCACAAGGGGGUAUAUAUAACGCUCCACCCGGCGGGCCGCCAGUUUAUAUCCCAGGAUCAUUCUCAGCGGAUGUGAAACUAAACGGGCAGGUAGAAGUGAGCUAUGUUUCUGGUAACCAAGGCACAUUUAAUUAUGUUAUAAACCCCAUCGACGGUGGUGGCUUCCCCGGAUGUGUCAGGGUAUCGCCCAAUGGAUGUGGGGCUACGACAUGGUGUCCUGGAAACCCUAGCUCACCACCAGUGACCUGUCCCCAGGGAACUGAGCUUCCGGUCACCCUGCAGCCCUUCCAUUCCCCACUGUAA